AUGGCAAUCGGAUCACCAGAACGUCAAACCAUCAGCCUUUCUGGGACGACAGAUCAGCCUAAAACAGAGCCAGAUUAUCUCCUUGACGCUCGCAGCACUGAAGCUUUGUCCCAACUCCAGAACGGUGACCUCUUGAAGCUGGUAAUCGACCAUGAAGAGGACAGCAUCGAGUUCGGGGAACACAUCAAGGAGGUAGCACCUGAAACUCUUGCCGGAUAUUUCGACGCCCCCAGGAUUAAGGAGUUUGCGUUCUAUCGCCAUCCCGCGUCAGGUGCUGUCAUCUUGAUCUGGACACGUUUCCCUGCGACGGCUUCCACCAAGAAUGCACGUGUUCAGCACAGGGUGAGGAGGGAUUUGAUCUGGUAUGCUGAGAAAGCGGAUAUUAAGAAUGUGGCUACGCUUGAAGUGCAAUCAAAGAAGGAUGUCACUGUCGAACGAUUGAUUCAGGCGGUUGAUUCAUUGACGGCAAACAAAGAAUGA